UCCACCUCAGUUGAACGGGUGACUGUACACAUUCAAGAUGGCCGCUGCAAUGGACGACGAGUUUGAAGACGCGCCUGAUGUGGAGCCUUUAGAACCGACUCUGAAGAACAUAAUCGAGCAGAGGUCCCUGAAAUGGAUCUUCGUCGGCGGGAAAGGUGGUGUCGGGAAAACCACCUGCAGCUGCAGUUUGGCUGUCCAGCUGGCUGCCGUCAGGGAGAGCGUCCUCAUCAUAUCCACAGAUCCCGCCCAUAACAUCUCUGAUGCUUUUGACCAGAAGUUCUCGAAGGUGCCUACUAAAGUCAAGGGCUAUGACAACCUCUUUGCAAUGGAGAUCGACCCGAGCUUGGGCGUGGCAGAACUGCCCGACGAGUUCUUUGAGGAGGACAAUAUGCUCAGUAUGGGCAAGAAAAUGAUGCAGGAAGCGAUGAGUGCUUUCCCUGGCAUCGAUGAGGCCAUGAGCUACGCAGAGGUCAUGAGGUUAGUGAAAGGUAUGAACUUCUCAGUCGUGGUGUUUGACACCGCACCCACUGGCCACACGCUGCGUCUGCUCAACUUCCCAACCAUCGUGGAGCGAGGGCUGGGUCGCCUCAUGAAAAUCAAGAACCAGAUCAGCCCCUUCAUCUCUCAGAUGUGUAACAUGCUGGGUCUGGGUGACAUGAAUGCAGACCAGCUGGCGUCCAAGCUGGAGGAAACGCUACCAGUGAUUCGCUCCGUUAGUGAGCAGUUCAAAGAUCCUGAGCAGACCACCUUCAUCUGUGUGUGCAUCGCUGAGUUCCUGUCGCUCUACGAGACGGAGCGGCUGAUCCAGGAACUGGCCAAGUGUCGCAUCGACACGCACAACAUCAUCGUCAACCAGCUGGUUUUCCCCGAGGCAGAGAAGCCUUGUAAAAUGUGUGAAGCCCGUCACAAAAUUCAGUCCAAAUAUCUAGACCAGAUGGAGGACCUUUACGAAGAUUUCCACAUAGUUAAGUUACCGCUGCUGCCUCAUGAAGUCCGAGGUGCCGACAAGGUCAACACUUUCUCCAAGCAGCUCCUGGAACCAUACAAGCCCCCAAACAAGUGAUUUCCCCACUUGUUGGACCUCUUCUUAUCUGCCCCCCCCCCCUUCCCGCCGUCUGUAGACAAAACAACCUCAGCAGUCUGAGCUGCGUACUCCUCUGAGUUUUCCCCACCCCGACCGGUCUUAAAUCCUGCAGCUACAGCCUCAUAAUGACCCACUCUGUCCUCUGGAGCAGAACACCGCUACAUCAAGACACACACACUCAUUCCCAAAGUGAAGGGGAGCUGAUUAACACACACACACACACACACACACACACACACACACACACAGCCUGCUGUAUCGUGAGAUGAGAUGGUUUGUAUAAGCAGUCUAAGCCUCCGUUUAUGUUCCGGUGUGCUCAUAUCGUUCUCACUGCACACGGACCCGGUUCUCACCGUUUCCUGUGACCGUUCUGUGGGUU